UGACAUCCGAGUCUUCCGUACUGAUACUACCAUUACUUACUAAUAGCAGUGGCCCGGGCUCCAUGCUGCCAGUGUCGCGGCUGAUUCAGACUCGGACCAUCUAAAGCAGCAGCUAACUUACGCUGCUGUCCAUCUACUCAAUACUCCAGAGUAAUCUUGCGCCGUGGUUCCCCAGUCGCAGGGUCAGACUACCGGAGACGAUGGAGACUGAGAUUGACACCUUCCGCCACUUGAACACCGAUGUUCUUCUGCAGUUGUUCGAGCACCUACGACCUGACCGCGGCUUGCGCUCAUUGUCCAUGUCGUGCCGAUGGAUUCGACAAGAAACCGCGCCUGUGCUUUUCCGAAGUUGUUUGGUUAUCGCAAAACGGCCCAUCUGCGCGGAACGGUUUCUGCCACCAUCCUUAUGGCCUUAUGUAUCUCAUCUGUCUUUAAGGGACGACUGUCCGGACAUGCUCGCGAUGAAAGUACGAAAACGUAGGCUCCGGUUCACCGACGACCCGUUGCUUUGCGGCACAAUGGAUCCCGUGUUCCUCAAUGCUACACUCCGAGCGAUGCCUCGCUUAUGCUCUGUCAAUCUGGCUUUUCACAGUCGAGAGAUACACGGGAUGGGAUGGGAGACUCUCUCGGCCAUCCUCUCAAUUCCGUGUCUCCGUAGUCUCACGGUCGCGCAGUUCCUUUUCAGUCCACGCCAGUCGCCACCCGAUGCGAGCCUCGGUUCUCUGGCACCACUCACUACAUUCCGAUUUGAGCAUCGCGCCAUUCGUAGAGAGCUUCGUCAAUAUCCGCUCCAGGAGGACACGCUAGGCUUGGUCAUUGGACGAUUGCAACAUACUCUCGAAACCCUUCUACUCCCUAAUGAGGUUACACCCUUCAAAUCCCUAGCUGGUAACCGGUGGCCUCAAAUGAAGGAACUUCAUCUGAUAGGGGAGUUCCAUCCGGACCCAGACUUUCCUGUCCCAUUCGUCGCUCUCUUUGCGGGAAUGCCCAAGCUACGCAUCCUGAGACUCAAGCUUUCUCUUCCCAUAGGUAUCGACAAACAAGUCUUGCAGCUAUGGCCAAAGGCUUAUCACGCACAAUUCCCAUGGCCAGACCUCGACAAUCUCACUAUGUCGUUCCCGUGCUUUGACGAUCGGAUCUACUCCCACCUUCCACAGACGAUGCGACACCUCUCAUUACGAUGCACGCCACAUCAUUGCUUCAUUCCAUGGGCACAAUACUACGUCCAUUCUCCCCUCCCAGACGCAUCGGAAAUGUUGGAGAUCCUCUCGAAGGUUGACACGCCCCACCUUGAGCGUCUCGAAGUCGAGUACCGUGCAGACUUUGCAGAAGAUGAUCUUUUGCUCUGCAUAACUAAAAGGUUCCCUCAACUGACGCUCCUCGAGAUACAUCGCUUCCGAUCACAAGGUAGCAGUGAUCUUGCUAUCACUGACAUUGCGCUACGGCUAGCAAGACUCCAAAAUCUGCGCACGCUCAGAGCUUACCUGGACACUCCCGAAGAUGACACCGGCGCAACGCUGCCGCAGACUGCGACCAAUAUCUUGGCAUGCAAGCUUGCCCGCCCAGAUCUCCGACUGUGGCUGUUGCACCCGGGCGAUGUAUUAGAAUACUAUUACCCCCUUGAUGCAAGAUGGUACCGUUAUUGCCUCGUACCUGAGCAAGACAUCAAUCGGGAGCCACGAGCAGAAAAUGACCCAUCGAGUCACAGUCGUGAGGGAGUGCCAACAUAUCCUUACAAUGAUUAGCAUCUACCUAGAUGAGACCUUGGAUACCCUUCACGCCCGACCAGGCUACCGCGAUACUCCCGACGUCGACUCGUUACGGGA